GGAACGCUCCCCAUAUCAACAGCAGCCGCAACCCCAACAACAACUACCUAAAUUAAUAUAAUAUACAAUAUUAUACAAAUCGAGUAACAUUUAGUAAUCCAAGUAGUGUGUAUCCAUCAGCGGCCAGCGUCCAUAUGACCAGGCGUAAAUGGCAAGAACAAACAAGCGAAAUGGUUGGCGUAAUAUGUUCGGCAAUACCCCCGGUGGAUGCUGCUUCCAGAUUGUCCUUUAUCAAACCUAAUAAACCCUAUAGUUCCUGCACACUAAUCGGCAAUUGGUACAAUGACCGCAUAAACAACGAAGUAAAGAAGUAUAAUCCAAUCAACACUUCACACAACCCCACAGAUGCGAGAUCGACCGAUCAGUCCAGUUAUCAGGUACACUAUGCACAUCCAAAAGAAAUAUCACGCCCAGAUGCACCCACUUUCGAGCAGCAAAGGGCGCGCUAUAAGAUUAAUGUGCACAAAGGCAAGGAUAGUAGUGUGCUGAUAAUGGACUCGGAGAAAUAUUUGUCCAAUUACACCACGCUCAAUGAUAUCAAGUACAGACUGCAGCCGCCGCAAGACAAUUGGUCCAUGAUCACAGAUCGGCCGGUGAAAGGGCUGCCGAAAGAGAACUUGCUGCAAAGUUAUGGCAAUGAGACCAACUUCGGCUUGCGCCAUUGGUUAAGGCAAAUACGAAAUCAAGCCAAAUUGUAUCGCUCGGAUGACACGACUUAUGCGGAUGAAUUUCGGCAUCCAAAACAACCGAAAAGAAAGGAUGUGCGCUAUUGCAAAUGAACCGAGUCGCAGUGUGGUAUUAAUUCAUGGACGUGGAUUGUAAGUGGAAAGUGCUAAAGAAGUUAUUGUUUACAACGAAAAUUAAUCAAAAAUUAAGUAAAAAAAAUUACAAAAAUCUACGAACAAAAUUGAAACCACAAAAAAUUAUAAAACUUAAAAUAUUUAAGAAAAAAUUAAACAAAAUUCAAAUAAAUAAAAAUUACAAAAUUUAUAAAAAUCAACGAAAAAUAACAAUAAAUUAUCAAAAAUUUUAAUUAAAAAUUUAUAAAAAAUAUUAAAUUGAAAAUUCGCAUUGAAAACAACAAAAAUAAUAUAAAAAAAUAACAUAUAAUAACAAAAAAAACAACAAUUUCAUUCAAAGCAAAAACAUUUAGGUAUUGUGGUUAUAAGGCAAGAAUGUUUAAUAUAUAAGUCAAUAAUGUGUAAAAUAAAUAGCUUUGUCUGUAGAACGCUUUGUAGACUUGUACAUUAACUGUUUCUGCUUUUAAACUAAAUAAAUCUGUACUUUUUCUUUCAAAUGUUUAUU